AUGUCCAUUGUGUUCCGGCCCUACCAGAGGGGUGUGUACUGUGACGAUGAGGACAUCAAGUACCCCCUCAAACCUGACACCAUCACCCACGGCUUGCUGGCUGCAGUCACCAUCUCCUGCACUGUCAUCAUUGUAAGUCCCUCCCUAUACUUUCCUCUCUGACACAUAGGUGAGCUAAAUAACGUCUGUCUACACUGAUUCCCAGACCAGUCUCACAAACAGGCGUUUCUAUAAGCAGCCAGUGGACCAAACCAGAUAUCAUAUUGGAGUGUUGGAUGUAAUUUAAUCAUCUUUCUCUCUUCCCAUAGAUAUCAUCAGGAGAGGCUUACCUUGUCUAUAGUAAGAGGAUCCACUCUAACUCCGAGUUCAAUGGGUACGUGGCGGCACUCUACAAGGUGCUGGGUACCUUCCUGUUCGGGGCAGCUGUCAGCCAAUCACUGACGGACCUGGCCAAGUUCACCAUAGGACGCCCUCGGCCCAACUUCAUGGCCGUCUGCAACCCCAAGGUCUGCAAAGGCUACGUGCUGGAGAUCAACUGCACCGGCAAUCCUCGGGACGUCACUGAGUCCAGGUAGUUACUGAGGUAGAGGGCGUCAGGGAAAUAUUGUUGAUGUGGGCAUUGCUCAAUGCCAGUGGUUAGUGCUGUACUGGAACCAAUGCCUGCAUAUGCUGCAGCUCACUAGAACCAGGGUUGGUGACUACUGCUUUAUGCUAUGGUAGAAACACACUGAAUAGAUCAACUGUAGCCUCCACACAGCCAUGACAGAAAAAGGUUUUAACAACAUAUUUGUUUUCUUUCUAUUUUCCAGGUUGUCCUUCUACUCGGGCCACUCAUCCUUUGGGAUGUACUGUAUGCUGUUUCUAGCAGUGAGUAAACUACACACACACCCUCAUAUUCAGCAGUCUCAAAUAUAGUCAACUGAUGCAAUACCUCUCCAUUUGAAACAGGAGUAAUGGGGAAUACAGUGGGGGGAAAAAAGUAUUUAGUCAACCACCAAUUGUGCAAGUUCUCCCACUUAAAAAGAUGAGAGAGGCCUGUACUUUUCAUCAUAGGUACACGUCAACUAUGACAGACAAAUUGAGAUUUUUUUUUCCAGAAAAUCACAUUGUAGGAUUUUUAAUGAAUUUAUUUGCAAAUUAUGGUGGAAAAUAAGUAUUUGGUCACCUACAAACAAGCAAGAUUUCUGGCUCUCACAGACCUGUAACUUCUUCUUUAAGAGGCUCCUCUGUCCUCCACUCGUUACCUGUAUUAAUGGCACCUGUUUGAACUUGUUAUCAGUAUAAAAGACACCUGUCCACAACCUCAAACAGUCACACUCCAAACUCCACUAUGGCCAAGACCAAAGAGCUGUCAAAGGACACCAGAAACAAAAUUGUAGACCUGCACCAGGCUGGGAAGACUGAAUCUGCAAUAGGUAAGCAGCUUGGUUUGAAGAAAUCAACUGUGGGAGCAAUUAUUAGGAAAUGGAAGACAUACAAGACCGCUGAUAGUCUCCCUCGAUCUGGGGCUACACGCAAGAUCUCACCCCGUGGGGUCAAAAUGAUCACAAGAACGGUGAGCAAAAAUCCCAGAACCACACGGGGGGACCUAGUGAAUGACCUGCAGAGAGCUGGGACCAAAGUAACAAAGCCUACCAUCAGUAACACACUACGCCGCCAGGGACUCAAAUCCUGCAGUGCCAGACGUGUCCCCCUGCUUAAGCCAGUACAUGUCCAGGCCCGUCUGAAGUUUGCUAGAGUGCAUUUGGAUGAUCCAGAAGAGGAUUGGGAGAAUGUCAUAUGGUCAGAUGAAACCAAAAUAGAACUUUUUGGUAAAAACUCAACUCGUCGUGUUUGGAGGACAAAGAAUGCUGAGUUGCAUCCAAAGAACACCAUACCUACUGUGAAGCAUGGGGGUGGAAACAUCAUGCUUUGGGGCUGUUUUUCUGCAAAGGGACCAGGACGACUGAUCCGUGUAAAGGAAAGAAUGAAUGGGGCCAUGUAUCGUGAGAUUUUGAGUGAAAACCUCCUUCCAUCAGCAAGGGCAUUGAAGAUGAAACGUGGCUGGGUCUUUCAGCAUGACAAUGAUCCCAAACACACCGCCCGGGCAACGAAGGAGUGGCUUUGUAAGAAGCAUUUCAAGGUCCUGGAGUGGCCUAGCCAGUCUCCAGAUCUCAACCCCAUAGAAAAUCUUUGGAGGGAGUUGAAAGUCCGUGUUGCCCAGCGACAGCCCCAAAACAUCACUGCUCUAGAGGAGAUCUGCAUGGAGGAAUGGGCCAAAAUACCAGCAACAGUGUGUGAAAACCUUGUGAAGACUUACAGAAAACGUUUGACCUGUGUCAUUGCCAACAAAGGGUAUAUAACAAAGUAUUGAGAAACUUUUGUUAUUGACCAAAUACUUAUUUUCCACCAUAAUUUGCAAAUAAAUUCAUUAAAAAUCCUACAAUGUGAUUUUCUGGGGAAAAAAAAUCUCAUUUUGUCUGUCAUAGUUGACGUGUACCUAUGAUGAAAAUUACAGGCCUCUCUCAUCUUUUUAAGUGGGAGAACUUGCACAAUUGGUGGCUGACUAAAUACUUUUUUCCCCCACUGUAUAUGAAAGGCAGAAUAGGACAGGAUUCACAGAGAGGGAUUGUGCUCAUAUAAGGGCAAGGCAAAGGUUAAGCUGAGGAAUUUGGACACACAGGCUAAUGCCCUGCUGGACUGGACUGUUAUUGACCGGAGAUGAAGGCCUGUGUUCUGUUUCUAGUUAUCCAGUUCAACUGCCCUGGGCCUUGUCAUUGUGUAUGGAGCUAUGGACCGACAGACAGAGCAGGCAGGCGCCUCGAGCAGACGGCCGGUCCUCAAUGCCAAUCAAAACAAUUAGUCAUUCAUUCCCUCUGCUUUGUUUAGUCAUGUCACAGGCCCUUUGAUAUUCCCUAGUAUGCGUGAUUCAUAUCUCCAGCUCCCUACAAGUGUCCUACAGUGUUGAAUGCUGAGAUUGAGUGUAUGUGUGAUAGGGGGGCAUGCAUGGAUGCCAACUUACACACCUACUACAGGAGGAGCCUGGUAGCAGCCCAAAGGAAUGAAUGUGCCAGAUAGACAUUCUGGCAGCAGCUCUCCUCUUCUGUGAAAAGGGUUUUCAGUCCGUAGGCAUAAAUUAGAUCAGCAUUCAACACCUUUUCACGCUUUAUGUGAUUCUAAGCAUACCGUAUUUCAGUUUUUGCUUGGGAGUUGAUUUAAAGAUACAUUCUUGCCAUUUACAUUUUUAUUUGACGACAUGUACUGAUGAUGUGAUGGCUAGCAUUGUGAAAUAGCUAAACAACAUGCUUUCAUUAAAAAAAAUACAGUUUUUAGACAUUUAGCAGACGCUCUUAUCCAGAGCGACUUACAGUUAGUGAGUGCAUACAUUUUCAUACUACAUAGCCACUUGUAGAAUGGACUCGCACACUGUUUACAUGAAAUAAACAUUUACUAACAAAUGCUGUGUUUCAGACAUUCAUUGAGGCAUGAUGGUAGACUUAGUGUAACUGGGGCCAGUUUACAGUCAAAUAACAUUGCCUUAUUUGGUAAGAUGGUUAAACCACUAAUGACCUCAAUCAGCAGUAAAGGCAAAUUGUCUACAGAAACAGCUCUACUAAUGAGAGAACUAAAAUAUCUCCUCCUUCUCUUUCACUCUAGUUGUAUGUCCAGGCGAGGCUGAGGGCGAAGUGGGCAAGACUCCUCCGACCCACAAUCCAGUUCUUCCUGGUGGCCUUUGCGGUGUACGUGGGCUACACCCGCGUGUCUGAUUACAAACACCACUGGAGCGAUGUUCUUGUGGGCUUCCUCCAAGGCGCUCUCAUUGCCAUCCUCAACGUGAGUGUUGCCUGCUGGCUUUUUAUUGUUCCUACUUCCCUGUUUUGAUUUAACCUCUUUCAGCAACGCCUUUUGGAAGUCUCAGAGACGUGGGUGAUUCAUAUUGGAAAGCGAAGCCAAGAUUCGUAUUUCAGACUUCUGUGUGCAAUUAGGGACCCUCCCAGACCCAAUGUUUUAUGAUGUCUCUGGCCUGGUUAGAGAGCUGGAGGGGUUAUGCAGCGCUCUGUGUGUUCCUCUCAGAUGUGGAGCAGCUGCAUGGUGCCCUCCACAACCAGACAUAUACAAUCACACUUUCCAGAUCUGCCCUUGGUCCUCUCACUUUGUCUGAACAACACUAUUUCCCUCCUCUUCUCCUUACAGGUGCGCUACGUAUCAGACUUCUUCAAGCAGCGUCCUCCCCGCUGCUCCAGCCCAGAGACGGCUGAGAGCGAGGAACUGGAGCACAAACCCAGCCUGCAGAUGGCAGGUGCAGAGCACAACAAUCAUUACAGCUACCCAGGGCCUGUGUGA